CCGAUAUUGAAAGUAUCUGUCUGAAGAGCGCAGGAAACCAAUGACACCAGGGCGCGACGAAUCUUUGGCUAGCGGUGCGAGACUGCGUCCCCCAAAGUCCGAAAGGCCGAAGCACCACUGGGACAUGGCGGCAGACUAACAGGCACCACAACGGCUGUUAGCAGCGCGGCUCUCGGCGGAGGCUGCCUAUCGCGACCGGAUUAGGACAAGCAAUAUCCUGAUGGAACAACUCCUACGUCAGCCUCGUCGGCUCUGCUUCAUGAACACGAUACACCACCUCACCUCGCAAUUGUCUCUCACUUUGUUUUGUUAUUCUCAGCUCGCAACCCUCGGGCUGCGGACUCUCCUCCCUUUUCCCGCAAUUUAAACAACCUAUCUCUCGAGCCUUAGCAUUAUUAUCGAGCAUUGCAUCAAUUUGGUACCUCGGACUCCGCAUCCAAAGAACACUUCCGACACUCAGCAGGCGCAAAGAUACUCCAUGAAUGCUCCAUCCCGAACCGACUCCCCCGGCACACCUCCCUCCUCCGGUGCCCAGACUCCAGCGUCGUCUUCCUCCCCGCCUUCAGGCCCUCGCUCCGAGCAGCAAGCCGACGCUUCCUCACAGUCCUACCUUUCCAGCAUGUGGGGUCUGAUCCGACGCUUCUCCGCCGAGGAUUCCCAGUCCUUUGCGAGCCAGCUCGACAGCAUGUUUGGUGCACACUCGCAGACAGAGUCCGAGACGAAAGACGGCAUCAACGACGUCUUCCGACCGCCUGUCAUGCGCACAGCCAGUCCGUUCCGUCCACCACCGCUCGACCCGCUGGUCCUGCACGGUUACAAAGAGGGAACGCCGGACACGGCACGGCUGCUUAGUUGUGCGGUCGCGGAGGAAGUCAGAGCCAUGCUGCCCGAGAGAUUACGCAUCGUGGACGACUGGAGUCUGGUGUACAGCCUGGAGCAGGAUGGCGCCAGCCUGGCAACGUUGUACCUCAAGUCUCGACGCUACGAGCGCAGCCGGACAGGCUUCGUCCUCGUGGUUAGAGAUCAAGAGGGCGCGACGUUUGGAGCAUACAUGAGCGAAUACCCACAUCCAGCGCCAAGCUACUUUGGCAACGGCGAAUGCUUCCUCUGGAGAGCGUCCACACUCGCCUCGCUGCCGCCGCCCCCUUCGGCGGACACGACGACCCUCACCCGCAACACGACUCUUGCCCCGCCUCCCUCGAGCCCGGAUCGACCGACUGCUUCGCCCACCCCGAGUGAGACCAUCCGCUUCAAGGCCUUCCCCUACAGUGGUCUCAACGAUUUCUACAUCAACUGCGAGCACGGGUUCCUAAGUGUGGGCUCUGGGGGUGGGCACUAUGGCCUUUGGCUCGACGAUGCGCUAGGCAUGGGGCACAGCUCGCGGUCCGAGACCUUUGGAAAUGAGCCUUUGAGUGACGAGGGCGAGAAGUUUGGUGUGCUUGGCGUCGAAUUAUGGGCUAUUGGACGCUCGUAAGCUACUACCUUUGGCUUUCGUGCGUCGUUUGGGUUUUUGCUUGGGAUGGCGCAUCAUCGGGACUUUGGCGUUUUGCAGCGUAAAAAAAAGGCAUCUCCCUAUCAAAAAUUGGGAGCUAAAGACGAGUACAUGG